GUGGACUCACAUUAUUGUCCCAGCUGCUUAGAAAACAUGCCAUCAGCUGAAGCCAAAUUAAAAAAGAAUAGAUGUGCCAACUGCUUUGACUGCCCUGGGUGCAUGCAUACUCUUUCCACCCGGGCAACAAGCAUCUCCACACAGCUUCCAGAUGACCCAGCCAAAACCACCAUGAAGAAAGCCUACUACUUGGCCUGUGGAUUUUGUCGAUGGACUUCUAGAGAUGUGGGCAUGGCAGACAAAUCAGUAGCAAGUGGCGGUUGGCAAGAACCAGAAAAUCCUCACACACAACGGAUGAAUAAGUUGAUUGAAUAUUACCAGCAGCUUGCUCAGAAGGAAAAGGUUGAACGAGAUCGCAAGAAACUGGCACGGCGUAGAAACUAUAUGCCUUUGGCUUUUUCGGACAAGUACAGUCUUGGAACCAGACUUCAGCGACCACGAGCUGGUGCAUCCAUUAGUACUCUCGCUGGACUUUCCCUUAGAGAAGGAGAAGACCAGAAAGAGGUGAAGAUUGAGCCAGCUCAGGCCGUCGCUGAAGUGGAACCUCUACCUGAAGACUACUAUACGCUACCAGUGAACUUAACGGAGGUGACCACCCUUCAGCAGCGCCUCCUACAGCCUGAUUUCCAGCCAGUCUCUGCUUCACAGCUUUAUCCUCGACACAAGCACCUUCUGAUCAAACGGUCCCUGCGCUGUCGGAAAUGUGAACACAACUUAAGCAAGCCAGAAUUUAAUCCAACAUCUAUCAAGUUCAAAAUCCAGUUGGUUGCUGUCAAUUAUAUUCCAGAAGUGAGAAUCAUGUCAAUUCCCAACCUUCGCUACAUGAAGGAGAGCCAGGUCCUCCUGACUCUUACAAAUCCAGUAGAGAACCUGACCCAUGUGACUCUGUUGGAGUGUGAAGAGGGGGACCCUGAUAAUAUCAACAGCACUGCUAAGGUGGUGGUGCCUCCCAAAGAGCAGAUUUUAGCUGCCAAGGAUGCAGCAGCAGAGUAUGAUGAACUGGCAGAGCCCCAGGACUUUCAGGAUGACCCUGACAUUGUAGCUUUCAGAAAAGCCAACAAAGUGGGCAUCUUCAUCAAAGUCACCCCACAGCGUGAGGAAGGCGAAGUGACUGUGUGCUUCAAGAUGAAACAUGAUUUUAAAAACCUGGCUGCCCCCAUCCGCCCAAUGGAAGAAAGUGACCAGGGCACAGAGGUCAUCUGGCUCACUCAGCAUGUGGAACUGAGCUUUGGCCCUCUUCUUCCUUAAAGUCACCUGGUGGGCAGAUGACACUGACAGCUGUGUCCCCAGCCACAAUUCUGUAACAGUAUGGAAGCUGCUGCUUCAUUAGACGUGUUUAUAAAGAUGUACCCCAUCACUACUGAACCGAGGCCAGGCCAGGACUGGGAGCACAGGGUAACUGCUGUUCCACUUGCUCUCUUUGUUGAUACCAGUAAGUCUGUGUCUCCCUCCCUGAGCCCUGCACGUUGAGUAACAGCCUAGCUCCAUCCCAGUAAAAGGGGUGGCUGUUCCUCAGAGGGACAUUAGAUUUACUCCCUGAGAAAUGGGCCAUGUACCUGUCACGGUUUGACUGAAAGAACCUAGAAUGGUAAUUCAGAGCAGACCUGCUAUUCAUGCCCCAGCAUUGGUCUCUGUGUUCCAGCUGCUGUCCGAAUUCCAUUAAGGAUAACUAGUAAUUAUAACCCUUCACUUGCCAUGACUUUCAUUUGACCAUUGACUUCCAUUGGACAGAGAAGUAGGAUUGUCAUGGUGUCUUUAACUUUGUGAUGACAGGACAGGACUUCCUUAAGGCACUCCAUUUGUCUCUUGUAAAGGACUACAGAAUGCCUACCAAUUGCUGUUCAUUUUCCUCAGUAGUACAUGGGACUUUAAGGAUUUGAGUUGCAAGCAAUUACAUGUCAUGAAGUUCAAUUUGUUUUAAUAAUACCAUAACAUCCAGAGACUAAUGCUGCCACAGGGAGCAUUAUAGCCUUUAUAGAUUUCACUCUCAGCCCUUCUCUACUCUGGUUUUGUUUGUUUGUUUUUCUUAAUUUUCUUUCCAUUUAUUUUUUCACAUAGACUCCCUCCAUGGAUCUCUGGCCUGGAACUCCAUAUGUAUACCAAACUAGCCUUGAACUCACUUGCUAGGAUUAAAACAUUUACCACCACGCCCAGCUCUCUGCUCUGUCCUAGAAUUCAAGAAAUUGCUUUAACGGUGGGGGGCUUAAAAAGAAAGCCAAGACAGUUUAAGUGGACAUACUCACUUCUGGGAUUCAGAGAACAUUUUUAAAAUUCAGAUUUUUAGCAUGAUACAAACUAAUGUUCUUUCCUCUGAGUUGAAGGAGAAAUUAACUAUCAAUCUCUUAAAUCCAAAGCUGGAUAAUAAGUAAAAGAACCUUUCCCUUUGUUGGGUAUAAGACUUCUUUCUCCUGCUGUAUCAAGUGAGACCAUUUUGAUUGGAAGCCAUAGCAGCUCAGCAAGUAACCAGAAUGCUGGCCCAACUCCAGACAUGCUGUUUUCCUCAAAUACUAAUGUUCAGUUGCAAACCUUAAUUUCUAUAAUGUUUUCUAAAACGUGUUGACCGAGUAGACCAGCUGCACUACUUUUCCUUAAAGCAUUCCUAGCACAUGGCCAACAGACCUUGGAAGAAAAAAAAUUCCUGUUUACAAACCCUGCUUUGGUUUUCAUUUAUGUCUUUAGGCAUUUUUGUCUGGUUUGGUUUGAAGGGAUAAAGAAUCUGGAAUACAGAUAGAAAGUAAGUCUUUGUUAGUUCCCCUUAAAAGAGGAAACUAAACUACAGAAGGAGUGGUUUUCCAUAACUUCACAAAGCCUCAAGUUAAAGCCUACUGUGAAACACUACUCAAUGUCUGCCAGUGGGUGGGGGAGGGGGCUGGGCGUCAAAGUGCAGAUAGCUUCAUAAGCCUACACAUUGUGGAGACAGGAACAGUUGUCCUUCUGUAUGUUUUUAUGCCAUGAAACUGAUACUUAAUUCCUAGAAAAAUGUUGACAUAAUGGAUCUACUCCCAAGUGAUAAACACAAAAACACUUUUGAAUACACAAUUUCUGUUUAAGAAGUCAAGUUAACUUACAAAUAACAGUUGUUGGCUGUUUCAAGGUGAAUUUAGCUCAAGUUGGUUUGGUAUUCUUAGAAAAGGUUCAGUAUCUGUGACUGGUGAAAUAGGAUUUGUGUCUAUCGCCCUUCUUGUAUUAUUAGAUCUGGUGCAGGGUUUUUAUUACUGGUCAGUGCACACCAGGACACAAGAGUUGGGCGUCUUAGCACUUGAAGCUACAAUUUGGAAACUUAAGGCUAAGUUACUUUGGGUUUGUGAAUGGAUUUACACACCAAAAGUUUCUUUUGUUCUGAGCAUAUGUAUAAGCAUACUGCACUAAAUGCCAUUGCAUCUUUGUAAUAAGCAUCCUUCUUGGUCCCUUUUGGGAAGGAAAGGCACUCCUUGACUUAUGAAUAACAGGUUUCUGUUUUGCCUUAUUGCUUAAUGUAGUGAAAUAAAGCAGACAAAAGCUUGA